GGUGCUGCGGCCCUGCGGACCUUAGCUAGUGAGGCACCCUCUGGCCCGGAAGGAGCUGACGUGAGCUGGGGUCCGGCAGCCAUAGCGCUUUGCAAUUCGGCCUCAGAAAGUGUAGGGCCGACUCGGAGGAAGGAAUUACGUUCAUUCCAGUCUCAGACCCUGUAAGAUUUGGAUAUGUCCUUCAUAUUCGAUUGGAUUUACAGUGGGUUCAGCAGUGUACUACAGUUUUUAGGAUUAUAUAAGAAAACCGGUAAAUUGGUAUUUCUUGGACUGGAUAAUGCGGGAAAAACAACAUUGCUACACAUGCUAAAAGAUGACAGACUUGGACAACAUGUCCCAACCUUACAUCCCACUUCAGAAGAAUUAACUAUUGCUGGUAUGACUUUUACAACUUUUGAUCUGGGUGGACAUGUUCAAGCCCGAAGAGUAUGGAAAAACUACCUUCCUGCUAUCAAUGGCAUUGUAUUUCUUGUGGAUUGUGCAGACCAUGAAAGGCUGUUAGAAUCAAAAGAAGAACUUGAUUCACUAAUGACAGAUGAAACCAUUGCUAAUGUGCCUAUACUGAUUCUUGGGAAUAAGAUUGACAGACCUGAAGCUAUCAGUGAAGAGAGGUUACGAGAAAUGUUUGGUUUAUAUGGUCAGACAACAGGAAAGGGCAAUGUAUCGCUGAAAGAACUGAAUGCCCGACCUUUAGAAGUUUUCAUGUGCAGUGUGCUCAAAAGACAAGGUUAUGGAGAAGGAUUCCGCUGGAUGGCACAGUACAUUGAUUAACAUAGACAUCUACCCGCCUCUGCUCCAGGUCUCACAUUCAGGCCUACUCAGAGAUUUGAUCACUCAACAUGCAUAACUUGAAUUCAAUAGACUUUUGUUGGAUUUAAAAUAGAUGUUUUUUAGAUUAUUAAUAUUAUAUCAACUUAAUUUGAGUGAGAAUUGAAAACUGAUUCAAGUAAGUUUGAAUAUCCCAAUGUUUGCUUUCUAAUUCCAUACAAAUAGUUUUUAAAGUUUAUAAUCUGACGUUUACCCCAGCACCAUUUAUAAAGAGCAACUUUGCAGCAGUACAUUUGAAGCACUUUUUAACAUUGUGAAUCUACAAAUAUAAACCAUAUUUAAAAGCUCAUCGUGUUAAAUUUUUUAUGUACUUUUCUGGUACUAGUUUUUAAAUUUUAGAUCAUUUGUCUGCCUCUCGAGUGUACAGUUAAUAAUUAGCUUAUCAAUGAUUGCAUGAUGCCUUACAAUUUUCAAUAAUACUUUUUCUUAUGCAAACGUCAUGCAAUAAAACAAACUCUAAUGUUUGGUAUCCUUGUUGGGCAAAUGUUUCAUUUGAAUGUGUCUUAUUUAACUAAGUAUAUUCUUAAAUUUUAAAAUAUUUAAUAUACAGGAGAGGGUUUUGGGAAAGGAAAUUCCUUUAGAAUAUUUAGAAUAAUGUUUAAGUCCCUAAAGGCUUUUGCAUUUACAAUGUAGCAGUUGUAGUUGGUUGCAUCUGGUACCACAUUUCUCUUGGAAUCAUGUGUAUUUUUAUCAGUAAUGCUGCCAUUUCCAGUGCUGGUGGACUGUAUGUCCCAGUCCCUGUGGGAUCAACCUUCUGAAGAAAAGCACAUCUACAGUAUGCAAGGUUGAGCCUCAGUUUCGUAGGCCUUGUAGUUCCAUCCCAGUUAUCUAAUGCUGAAGCGCUCAAGUUUAACUGGUAUCUAGUUUGGUAACCUGUACUUCGCCAAAAAUAGUGACAGGCACAAGUCUCAUUUAUAGGUACUUCCCAGGGCACGCAACAGGUAGGAUCCUAUGCACAGUUUUGUUGUGUAGACCUGCAUAUCUAAGGACAAAGAAACAGCUUGUUCUGUGAGGAUUUUACUUCUAUCCUAUAGCUCUUCUGCGUUCUUUGGGAUAUUUUUGCUUCCUGGUAGGAAGAAAAUGAAUGUGUUUUUUUUUUUUCUUAAUUGCUGUCAGCUAGCUCUUCCUUUUUAAUCACAAAGGCUCGUUUUUAGAUAUAAAACUUGCUAUGUGAUAGUGUCCACAUCCUCACUGUUAGACUCACUAAUGAAAAUUUAGUUGGUUUUUAAAAGCAUUAUAAUUUCCUAAGAAGUUGAGUUCUUUUUAUAUGUCUGAGAUUCCCAUCAUGAGUAAAAUAAGAUGAAAGGUAAGUGCCCAAAAUGAAUCAUAAGAGUUCUCUUCUAAUUAUAAGCAAGUUUUUAUAGUAUAUUUAACCAGUUCCACUGAGAAGAGAUUGUUGCAAUUCCAUCAAGAAUAAUUUGAAUAUCAACCUUAGUGUUUUCUCUAGCCAUUUCCCCAGGCAAAGUUGGUAUAUUUCUUUCUGUCAUUGAUAAUGUAACCUAUGAAGCAGAUACAGAUUGAGGAAUGUGACUAGAAGGAAUUAGUAAGCCAACAAGAUCAUUUCUUAACACUUGGUUUUAGUAAUUUGGCUAUUCUAUUUCACUUUCAGCUUGUUUCUAAGUGAAAAUGAAAGAAUUUCUUCUCUGCCUAGAGACAUCAGUAGCACUAAGGGAAAAUUAGAAAAUGACAUUGCAGCCUGUUGGUUUAUGUGCCAGAUGGUUUACAGUAUUCGCUCCUAAAAUCCUGACUAUACAGAGCUAAGCCUUAUUAGAAAACAACUGCAUCUUGUUCAUGGGUAUCUGUCUUCACUACCUUCAGGGACAUACCUUUCUGCAUGUAUUUCCUAGAGGAGCUGUUAUAAUACUCUAAUCAUUUUGGCAUCAAUUGGUAAAAAGGAAAAAAAUUAACAGGUUCUUGGUAAAAUAGUUUGUUCGAGAACCUUCAUUCUAGCUCUGACACUGGGAUCAAAGAAACAGGUCACUAAAUGGUGGAUAUUUUCCCAAUAAUGUAAGAGUCUUAUGUCCCGAGGCACUAGAAGUAGAGCUGGCUACAUUUAGCUGCAACCAGCUUUCUUUCCACUCCCAGCCAGAGGAUUUAACCAGCCAGAGCUGAGAACCCCUCCAGAGCACAUUCACUAGGUCAAAGCUCCCCUUCCAGGAAGCAGAUUGAGAGAAACAUAUGUAGAAGGCAACUCUGUAAAUGAAUGUGCCCCUGUGGAGUGUUUCCUAGGCAAAUGUAGGGAAAAGAGGUUAAUUCUGUGCCCCACACUAAAAGCUGUUAAAGUAUAGUUAUUAACACUGUUGUAUACAAGUUAAGACUGGAUUUUAUACAAACAGGCAUCAUGCAAACAACAUUCUAAAAUCUGAAGUCCAAAACUCUACAAUUGUAAGGUCUGAGCCCACUUUUAUAUUCUUAAAGUUGUUUUAAGUCCACAUCUGUUUGAAUGACUGCUAUUUAUUAUACUUUUGGACCAUAAGUGGUUAAGUUGAUAACAUCUAGUUUAUCUUGGUGAAUCUUUUUUUUUUUUUUGGUACUAGGAAUUGAAACCAGGGGCACGCUACCACUGAGCUAUAUCCCCAGCCCUUUUUAUUUACCUUUUUAUUUAUUAUUUUGAGAUAGGAUCUUGCUAAGUUGCUGAGGCUGGCCUCUAACUUGCAAUUCUCCUGCCUCAGCCUCCUAGCAACUCUGCUGGAAUUACAGGCAUGUGUCACCACACCUGGCUUAGUGAAUUUUUAGAAUGGAAAUGACAGCAUUUUAAAUUGGUAACAGAUGUUUUCUAAAAUAUAUGAUUUUUUUUUAUGGUUUUGGGGAUUGAACCCAGGACCUUGUACAUGCUAGACAAGUGCUCUACUAACUGAGCUAUAUGCCCAGCCAUCCUAAAGUAUAUGAAAAAAAUACUGUUCACUAUUGGCUUAGUUGAACCAAUAUCUUUUUGAAUGAGUGCCAAAGAUGUCUGAAUUCAGAUAUUACCUGCAAUAGAUCUAAAUUUUAGUUUUGUUUUCCUGUCUCCAUAUACAGAUUUACUGUGGUUUACAACAUAAAGGCAGAACAUUGUUUUCCACUGGUUCCACUUCUUCAUGAUACUUUCCAGCAUGUAAAAUACUUGUAAACCAUUAAAAUAGGAUGUUAGCUAUGAUGAUAGUGUUUCUUGUCUUCUGGAAAAUGAUUUUAUUAAUCACAUUUAAAACCCAUCACUGGGCUAGGGAUCUAGACUACUAGAUCAGUGGUAAAGCACUUGCCUAACAGGCAUGAGGCCCAGUACCACAAAGAAAAAAGAAAAAGAAAAAAAUAUUUUCAAAAAUUUCAUCAUUAAAAACAAUGUACUUCUAGUUAUCAUUUCAGGGAAAAGUUUACAUUUCUGAAACUCUUUAUUUGGUAUGUGACUCAUUGUGGUAUUUUGAUCUUGUUAAUCACUUACAUGACCGAAAUUCACAAGGACUUUUUUUUAUUUUUAUUUUUAUUAUUUAUUUUUUGCAGUACUGGAGAUUUAGCCCAGGGCUUAAUGCAUGCUUAGCAAGCACUCUACCACUGAGCUACACCCCAAGCCCCACAAGGAUUUAUUGCCAAGUAAAAUUUGACCAGAAUACAUGAAAACGGCUUAUAUUUUCUUAAAAAUUUCCUAGUUAUCUUAUUUAGAAUGUACUAUUUGGGUCAUUUUUAGACAUAUUUGGUGAUAUUUCACAAAUAAAAAACAAACCUCGAGUAUUCAAAAAAAUCUUACAUAUUUUGACAUAAAGGUUUAUGAAAAAACUAGACAGUAAAUAUAAAUUCCUUAAUGCAAAAUUAAUGAGUAAUAAAAACUUAUUAAAAAAACAGGUUCUGCUAUAAAUACAAGAGUUCAAAAAAAAACGGUAUGCUCUAAUUAAGGACUGAAUUAUCAAAACUGCAUGAUAAUACUUCUACUCAUUUCCAUUAUUGUUGUUCUUUUGAAGUUCAAGUUGGUGCUUUUUAACAGCAACAACAACAACAAAAAAGCUCUUGGAAUAUGUUACCGUGCCUCUGUGUAUAAAGUGAAUGGGAUUUUUGUUAAAACCACCUUUCCACUCCUGAGCCCUGUAACCAUCCCUUUCAUAUACCAACCCCCACCACCCACAUGCACACACUUGAAUUUAAAAGAUCCCUAAGUAGGAAGGAAAUCCACAGUCUAUUUUAGAUGAAGUUCUGAACCAAUGGAUUUUUGUUCUCAUAAUUUAGAACACUAAAUAGCUAAUAUAUUCAAUGCCAUUGAUUGAUUUUUCAGGACUUUUUCCUCUUUAAAAUAGAAUCCAAAGUCAUCAGAGGAAAGUAAGCAAGGUCAUCCAAAGCAAACUUUCGUUUCAGGUGUGUCCCUAUCCCAAACAGAUCUUAGGACAGAAAUGGAAAAGUGAUUUCAUGCUGAAUUAUUUUUGGAAAAAUUGCACUGGAGUGCAUGGAUUCUUAAGCAUGCAUUUUAAAUGGGGAAUUAGAUUUAAUUUGGGGGGUUAAAAGAGGGUGACAAUUCUAUAGUUUUGACAGAAAGGGUUUUUUGUUUGUUUGUUUGUUUGUUUUCCAGAAUUGUCAUUAUCAAGUAUAAAGAUUCAUGUCAGAAUGGCCAACUUCACAUGAGUGUCUGUAUUCCCUGGUGCUGCUCCUAACCUGAACUCAUAAUCAGUUGCCAUACUAAAGCAAGAGCACUCAGGUGAAUGUGGUCAAGUUACUUUAAAAUUCAUAAAAAGUAUUUGGCUGAAUGCAAAAUAUGUUGAGGUGGUAAGUCGGUGAUCAAUUGUUUAUCACUAACUUUGUUUGCACUUUCACAGAACACUGCUUGCACUAGGAUCUUAGUGUGAAUUAUAACAAUUGUUUUACAGUAUAUACAGAUUGUUAAGCAUAAUUUAUAUGAAGAUGUUUCUGUUUACUUUUGUGUAUUUUACAAAGAACAACUAUAAUAGAUGGUUAAAUGUUUUUGAAUUGUGUUUGUAUGUUAUUUUGAUUUUGUUCUGUUAUCUUUUCACUUCCUAUGAAUUUGAGUGUGUCAGGAAUAGAGAAAUAAAAUGCUAACCUGGUUGUCAAAUAA